AUGGAUGCAACGGAAAUCAAUGGAAAUUCACAAAUUAUAGAUAAUCCAAGUCAGAAAAUGGUAGGUAUCUUACAAACCCCUCAAAAUCCUUUUAAAUCCUGGGAAAAUAUUGCAAACAACCAAGAAUUCUAUUCGCCAUCACAAGCUUUAUGCAGACCACAAUAUACUCUUCCUCUGAAGCAGAAUGCUUCUUUUUCACAAUUAGAAGAGUCUACAAAAUUGUCAAAUAUAACUUUAGAACAACGAAAACAGAUUCAAUUAAAUCCAUCUCAGCAGGUACGAGAAGUGAGUCAAUUAGCCAACAAUUAUUUUUUACCUCAUUUUCAUCAGCCUGAAGCUUGUUGUCCCCAGUAUCAACAGCCUUACACAUAUUUGCACACAGGGACACAUCAGGACAUAUAUAACGGUAGUAGACUUGCUCCAAAAGGGGGCAUGCCUCUAGAAUCGACAAAUAUGGAUUAUAAUCGAGACAUGAUUUCCCAUUCUAAUACUCAAGCUAUGAUAUCAGUAGAUCGGAAUAACCAAAUACUACCUAAUCACAUCGGCAAACAAAAUGAUAUUAUGAAUGAGCCCGAUGACAACAGUAUGCAGCCCAAAAAUCAAGCAGUAGAGAAGAACCGAAUCUCUGUAUGCGAGAGACCUGUAAAUAAGAACAAAUCGAUAAAAGAAGAAGAAGUGCUGCCGAUGAAGAUAGGAAAUAAAUUUGUCCUUCCGAAAUCAUCGACCAAUGGUGUUCAGAAAUCCUCAAGAAAGCAGAAGCCUAAAAAAAAGUAUGAUUUACUUAAAAUGAAGGAUGCUGAACUAAAAAUAUUGGUCAGCCAGAAGCUAAAAGAUGAAGAAUUCGUAAAAUUUGUUGAAAGGCUAGACAAAAUAGUUUCGCAGCCAUAA